UUGAAGGGAAUUUGCGAAUAUUUGGGGGAAAAUUUAAAAUUUACAGUUUAUUUAAAUUUGAAAAAAAAAUCAAAUAAACAAUUUAUCAACACAAUUUUGAAUUUUAUUCUGAAAAAUGUCAACUUUUGCCCAAAAAAAAUAGUGAAAAUCAUAAAUCGCGGCGAGUCCUGCGGAAUAUUUUACGCCAUGUGCCUUUAGUACCGUAACGCUUCUCUUCAUUUUCGAAAUUCUAAAUAUUUUCCGCUUUUUUUUCGUCAAAAAUGCCCGGAAAUGAUGAUAUUGUAAUGUUAUCAGACGAGAUAGUAGCAGAUCUUCGCCGAUUUAUCGCCAGCCGGCCAGUUAUCCAGUUCGAUCGGCGACCAGGAUACGUUCCGACGCCGUGGAGAAAUUGCUGGAAAGAAAUAAUCGAAAUUUGGUCGGAUGAUGAUUCAGAGGAUGACGACGGCGACGUGAUUACAGGCUCUCAAGAAGCCCAGCUGAAAAGGCUGAAUAAUGAAGAAGCUGGGAGCUCAUCGUGCCGAAAAUCACCAGAAACUGCAAAAUCUACGCCAAAAGUCAGAAAACCUGUCGAAAUUCCAAAGAUUAGCUCAGAAAAAUUGCCGGAAACUGCGAAUUCUACUGAAAAUCAAGACGCCCCCGCUACUGAGCAGACAAUUCUGAACAAUAGAGCAGCUGGAAGCUCCCCGAGCCCAAAAUCACCGAGAUUUGCAGAAAAACCGUCAGAAAUUGCGAAAUCUACGCCGAAAAUCAGAAAACUUGUCAAAAUUUCGAAGAUUUGCUCAGAAAAAUUGCCGAAAACUGCGAAUUCUACUGAAAAUCAAGACGCCCCCGCUACUGAGCAGACAAUGCUGAACAAUAGAGCAGCUGGGAGCUCCCCGAGCCGAAAAUCACCGGGAUUUGCAGAAAAACCGUCAGAAUUUGCGAAAUCUACGCCGAAAAUCAGAAAACUUGUCGAAAUUUCGAAGAUUUGCUCAGAAAAAUUGCCGGAAACUGCGAAUUCUACUGAAAAAAUUGCGUUGGACUUCAAGAAACUUGUCGAAAUUUCAAAGAUUGCUCUAAAAGCUGAAAUCCCAGAACCUGAGCGAAAAAGGCUCAGAAAAUCACCGAGAUUGGCGGGAUCAACGAAAAUUCCGCUGAUUAGACCUGAAAAACAGUCUGAAACUGCGAAAUCUACGCCGAAAAACUUCAAGGAAUCAAAGUCACUGAACGCACAAUGCAAGCUGGAAAUGCAGCUCGCCAGAUUCAAAGCGCUUCGGCUCUCAAAACCUUCCAAAAACCACCGGAGCAGCCGACAAUGUGCAGCAAUCUCCGAAAAAAAGUCGAAAAUUAUGAUGAAUUCCUGGGCGGAGGACUCGAUUUUCGAAAAAUAAUCUUAAUCUUGAUGCAUCUUUUACUAUUUUUGUAAUAUUUCCCCUCAUGUUCCAUUUUUUAUUCUUCCACAACAGUUUUCUUUUCCACGUGAUGCGCCUUUAAUUAAUUAGGACUAGUUUUGCUGUGUUCUCACUUGUUUUCACUCGAUUUUCCGUUGUCUGUUCGUUUUUUUUUUGCCUCAAAAUUUGCUAUUUAGCGACCAAUGACCGAAUAAAGUGGUUUUUAAAAUAGAAA